CUAAAGGUUUAAUGCAGCUGGCAUACAGAAACUGUAUUCAUUCAAAGUUCGGUUGUAAAACAAGAGUAAGGGCAUCCACCACUAGCAGCGAUGCUGUAAGACUGACUACAGUCACAGACACAUCAUUGCUGAUGUAACAUGCCAAAAGCAGUGGAGUGACCACAAUUUAUGCAGCCUUAGACUCCCAGUCCAGUACACCAAUCUAGUACCCCCAACAGCCACUAACAUUAAACAAAGAAUACUGAAUCAAUGCUUUACAUUCAGGCACAUCAUAAAACAGACAUACCAGACACCAAAGACAGAAGUACAGGGGGAAAGGAAAAUAAUAACAUCCUCGCAAGACAAUACAAUCCCACCCAAGUGCCCAGAGUCCUUGUAAAUCAAAAUAACUUGAAGAUCUAGGGGGCUACCGGACCUUUAUACCACUAUAACCAGCUGUAAACAAUACUCCAUCUUAUUAUAAGUACUUUGAUGGGACCAGCCAGAUUACACUACUAGCAGCUGUUUAAAGGUUAAUCCAUAUGUAGUUGUUUAUGGCAUGUUAUUUUUAGUUUAAAGGGGGGGUAGAACAUGGUAUAGUCUUUAGUUUUUAUAGGUGAGUGCUGAGUCAGCCAUGUCCUAGGUGAGAAUCCUACUUUUUAUCCAAUUUUGUGUCACUUAUUUUUAAAUCUUCUCCAUGAUGUUUAGCCCGUGAAAUGUAACAUGAAAACUUGCCCACGAAAUGUACCAUGUUAGUGAUUAAGUCUAAGUUGCUCUGGAUAAGAACAUGUUCUAAAUAAGUGUAAUAUAAUAUGGGAGAGAUUGGGCGGGUGAAGGCUUUGUCAGUUCAUACAGUGUACUGCUCAGGAGAAUGCUGCAGUGCAAGAGGGUAUCUCAGUAUGGUAUGAGAUACAGGCUGGCCUCUCCAUGUGUAUACAGUAUCUGAUAGACUGGCCGGUCUCUCCCCAGGCUCUGCAGCUUAAGAUAGAGGAAUGUAACCAGGAAGUGCAGGACUUGCAGGGGAAACUGCAGGAGUGUGAAAUUGACAUGUCCUGUCUGGAGGAGCAGCUGUGCUACAAAGACAAAUUCAUUGGACGUCUGGAACUCACAGUCAAGGACAUACAGACUUCAGCAGACAAUCAGCAGCAGGCUGUGAACAGAGGUGACCGGGAGCUGGAAUAUGUUCGAAGGAAAUUCUCCAAAAUGGAGGAGAAUCUGGCUGCAGUCAUCAGUGAGAAAGAGGCCAUGUUGGAAGAGACCAGUGACCUCAAAGAUGACCUUGAAAAGGCCAAGAUGGAGAAUCAGGCCUUGCAGAUCAAGCUGGAUGGGUCCAACCAUGAACGGGAGAUGUUCCAAAGGAAGCUCCGGGACCUUUUCACAGAAUGCUCCAACACCAAGAAGCUGCUGUCCUCUAAAGAGAAAGUUAUUGGACGUUUGGAAAUCACAGUUGAGGAACUGGAGACAUCAACAAAGAUUCUGCAGCAGGCCAUGAGAGUGAGGGAUCAGGAACUGGAGGCUGUGCAGAGGAAAUUGGCUGGCACAGCGGAAAAUAUGGCUAUUGUGAUGAAGCAGAAGGAGGAAAUGCCACCUGUGAAUAGCUUCUUUACAGGCAAGAAAGGCCAACUUGACAACCAGGAUAAAGCCCCUGGACAAUUGCAGUUUGGCGCUGAGGCACUUGAGAUACCCGUAAAUGGUGUGCGGAGGGUGAUGCUUGGCUGGGAUAGAGAGGCGGACUCCAUGUGGAGGAACUCAGCUGGCACAGGGAAUACACUGGGCUCUCUGGAGAAAGAGGAGAAAGCUGCAGUGACUCAGCUUCUAGAAAGGAGAUGCAUGCAGCGCUAGCCUUGUCCCUGUUUUACUGUAAAAUAUAAAUCACACCGGGCCUAAUACAUCCAAAUAAGAUGAGGUAACUGAUUAUUGAUUAAAUAAAAACAUGUGCCAAAGAAAUAAUUGUAAUCAAAGUUAUUUAUUUAGAAAUAUUGACAAAUUAAGUUUUUUGUUUAUUGGCUGAAGGUGGUGUAAUCGGGUGUCUGUCUUUGAUGCCUUUGUUCAUGUCUUUGGAUGUUGAAUACAGAACACAUUUUGAGGAUAACUAGUAAAAGGAUGGGGCAAAUAAAAUGAAAGUUAAACUCACGAUACACACAUAAUUAUAUCCAUACAUGAGAGCAAUUUUUAAUUAAAUACUAAAACUGACUCACAAUUGAGAAAAAUCUUUUAAAUUGAUAGGUUAAUAAAACUGCCCUUAUGAAUCUCAAUGCACCUGGAUUAUGACUGGAUAUUGGCAAUGAUCUCCCAAUUUGAUUAGAUUUCGUAGCAUAACAUAACAUAAUGGUGGGAACAGGCCGUUCAGCCCAAUAAUAUCUAACAAGCCUAGUCUUGGAAAUCUCCAGAGUUUCUGCCUCUAUUACAUGACCUGGCAGGCUAUUUCACACAUUGACUACUUUCUGCAUGAACAAAAAUCUUCCUUAUGUCUGUAUGGAAUUUAUCUUUUGCUAAUUUCCAUUUAUGUCCCCUCGUUCUACUAACAACUCAACCUGAAGAAUCUCUUGUAGUUUUUCUGCAUAGCUUUUAUCUUUCAUACCAGGAAUCAAUUUUGUUGCUCUUCUUUGAACUUUUAAAAGAGCCUCUAUAUCUUCCUUGUAGUACGGUCCCCAGAACUGCACAAAAUACUCUAAGUGUGGUCUAACAAAUGUAUUGUAUAAGAUAAGUAUAACUUCCUUGGAGGUGGCACGGUGGUGCAGUGGGUAGCACUGUCACCUCACAGCAAGAAGAUUGUGGGUUCAAAUGUAUUUAUAUUCAUUACAUUACAUUACAGGCAUUUGGCAGAUGCUCUUAUCCAGAGCGACGUACAACAAAGUGUCAAAAGUCAAAAUUUGCAUGGGCUUAAUAAGGUGAGGCAAAAACCAGUUAUCCUAAUUUAUUAUUCUUUCUUCAAAUGUCCAAAAAACAAACAAACAAAUAAAUAAACAAUCAAGACAAUCAAUUGUUUGAUUUCUUAAGUUUUUAAGAAAAAACCUGAUGGCAACUGACACUCUUGUUCCUUUCCAGGAUCCUGAUGAUGACCUUUAAAACAAAAAACACAAGUCACUAGGUCCGAUUUACACAUCAAUUACUGUUUAUCAUAUAACCAAAACCAAUUAGAAAUAACUCAGUAGUCACAUCAAAGAUGUAGGCCAUGUUCAACCCACCUCUGUCAAUUUGUGCUGCACACCUGUAGCAGAUUCUAUGAACUUCAUGAGCUUGACAAUCUUUUGGGAAUCGGUAAAAAGAUUUUCCAAAUUUGAUCAAUUUAUGACAACUUAUUUUGGAUAGCAAAAAGCGCAGUUACAAAGUGCUUUACAUUUAGAUAUAACAAUAUUAAAGAAAUUGUUCGAAGUUAAGCUUAAAAAGAACAUUAAAACUGUAACAUUAAAAUGUCUGAUUAAUUUACCUGGUUCUUAUUUAAGUGAAGCAUAUUUGUUUUAGAUUCAAUGAUGCUGUGGGAUUUUCCCACAUGUACAUGUUGCUGGACCUUGUGCUCCCCCUUUUUAGUCCCUCAUUCAAGUUCUGUCAAAUUGAAAAUUGCAUUUAUAUCAUCACAAUUGAAACGCAGGUGGCACGGUGGUGCACUGUCAUCUCACAGCAAGAAGGUUGUGGGUUCGAAUUUCAACUUGGGGCCUUUGAGUUUGCAUGUCCUUCCCAUGUCCGUGUGGUUUUCCUCCGGGUACUCUGGUUUCUUCCCACAGUUCAAAGACAUACAGGUUAAUUGGAGACUCUAAAUUGCCCAUAGGUAUGAGUGUGUGAGUGAAUGGUGUGUGUGCCCUGUGAUAGAUUGGCGGCCUGUCCAGGGUGUAUUCCUGCCUCUCGCCCAAUGAAUGCUGGGAUAGGCUCCUGAACCCCAUGACACUCCUCAGGAUAAGUGGGUAUAGAUAAUGGAUGGAUGGAACUUCCUUGGAUUUAUGCUCAAUAGUUUUGGCUAUAUAUAUCCCACAUGCAGAACUUUGGCUAUAUUCAAUUUCAGUUGCCAGGUUUCCACCCACUUCCAUCCAUCCAUCCAUCCAUCCAUUCUCUAACCGCUUAAUCCAGGUCAGGAUCGUGGUGGCAAAGGGGCAAGUAGAGCAGCCCAGACGUCCCUCUCCCCAGCAACUUCCACUACCUCAUCCCAGUGGAUCCCCAAGCGAUCCCAGGCCAGCCUUUGGAUAUAAUUCCUUCAGCGUGUCCUAGGUCUACCUCUGGGUCUCCUUCUCGGUGGCCGAGCUCGGAACACCUCUAGAGGGAGGCGCCCAGGAGGCAUCCUUAUCAGAUGCCCAAACCACCUCAACUGACUCCUUUCAAUGCGGAGGAGCAGCGGUUCUACUCUGAGGUCCUCCCGGAUAGCUGAGCUCCUCACCCUAUCAAGGAGAGUAAGCCCUGCCACCCUACGGAGAAACUGCAUUUCAGCUGCUUGUAUUCGCAAUCUCACUCUUUCGGUCACUUUCCGUAGCUCAUGACCAUAGGUGAGAGUAGGGACAAAGAUCGACUGGUAAAUCUAGAGCUUUGCCUUUCGGCUCAGUUCCUUCUUCACCACCAUCGUCUGAUACAAUGCCCGUAUUACUGCGGCCGCUGCACCUAGAUGGCUGUCGAUCUCCAAAUCCCUUUUUCCCUCACUCAUGAAUGAGACACCAAGAUACUUGAACUCCUCCACCUGGGGCAGUUUCUCUUCCCCUACUUGAAGAGGGCAAACCAUCUUUUUCCAGGAGAGGACCAUAGCCACAGACUUGGAGGUGCUGAUCCUCAUCCCGACCGCAUCACACUCAGCUGCAAACCACUCUAGUGCGCAUUGAAGGUCACAGUAUGAGGUCAAGAGAACGACAUAAUGUGCAAACAACAGAGAUGCCACAGAGAUGCCUUGAAAUCCUGUCCAUAAAUACCACGAACAGGAGAGAAGACAAAGCGCACCCUUGGCGGAGUCCAACACCCACUCUGAACGAGCUUGACUUAAUGCAGAGAAUGCGAACACAGCUUUCGCUUUGAGUAUACAAUGACCGAAUGGCACGCAACAGCGACCCCGGCACCCUAUAAUCCCGCAGCACCUCCCACAAGAUACCCCGGGGAACACAGUCAUAUGCCUUCUCCAAAUCCACAAAACACAUGUAGACUGGAUAAGCAAACUCCCAUGCCCCUCAAAAAUCUGUGAGAGGGUAAAAAGCUGGUCUGUUGUUCCACGGCCUGGACGAAACCACCAUUGCUCCUCCUGAAUCUGAGGUUCAGCUAUUGGCCGAAGCCUCCUUUCCAGCACCUUGGCAUAGACUUUCCCAGGGAGGCUGAGGAGUGUGAUUCCCUGAUAACUGGAACACACCCUCCGGUCCCACUUCUUAAAAAUGGGGACCACCACCCCGGUCUGCCACUCCAAAGACACUGUUCCCGACUUCCACGCGACAUUGAGGAUUCAUGUCAGUUAAGACACACCACCAACAUCCACAGCCUUUAACAUUUCCGGACGAAUCUCAUCCACCCCUGGUGCUCUGCCACUGAGGAGCUCUCCAACUACCCCAGUGACUUCUGCCACAGAGAUGGACUCUGAUCCCCCGGAUUGCUCCAGCUCGCCUCCAAAAAGGGGGGCGUGUCUGUUGGAUUCAGGAGGUCCUCAAAGUAUUCCUUCCACCUUUCGACAAUAUCCCCAGUUGAGGUCAGAGUUUCACCAUUCCUGCUGACAACAGCACCGACCAGCUUUUGACCACAACCUCUAGCAGCAGCUUCCACAAUAGAGGUUUUGAACAGGGUCCAUUCAAACUCCAUGUCCCCAACCUCCUCCGGGAUACGGGAAAUGCUCUCUCAGAGGUGAGAGUUGAAAUCAUUCCAGACUUCUGCCAGGCAUUCCCAGCAGACCCGUUUAGGCCUACCUGGCCUGUCUGGCAGCUUCCCCCGCCAUCUGAUCCAACUCACCACCAGAUAGUGAUCAGUUGGCAGCUCUGCUCCUCUCUUCACCCGAGUGUCCAAAACAAAUAGCCGCAGGUCUGAUGAAACAACUACAAAGUACAAAGUCAAUCAUCAACCUUUGGCCCAAGGUUUUCUGAUACCAUGUACACUUAUGCAUCCUUGUGUUCGAACAUGGUGUUCGUUAUGGACAAACCAUGACUAGCACAGAAGUCCAAUAACAUAACACUGCUCGGGUUCAGAUCAGAGGCCAUUCCUCCCAAUCACACCCCUCCAAGUUUUCCAGUCAUUGCCAACGUGAGCAUUGAAGUCUCCCAAUAGGACAAUGGAGUUAGUAGGUGGGGCCUUUCACAGCACUCCUCCCACCUUGUCCAAGAAGACUGAAUACUCUGAACUGCUAUUAGGCGCAUAAGCACAAAUAACAGUCAAAGUUUUCCUCUCUGCCACACGCAGUUGCAUCGAGGCGACCCCUCUCGUCCACUGCCGUAAACUCCAACUGAGUGGCUACCAGCCGGGGACUUGUGAGUAUCCCCACUCCUGCUCAGCGCCUCUCACCCUGAACAACUCCCGAGUAGGAGAGAGACCACCCC